AUUUUCUCUAUUAUUUUACGUCGAGAAUCUUCCAUUGUGUUCAAUUUCUCAAAAGUUCAUGUUUCUUUAAGAAUUGCUUUCUGGGUUUUUUUCUCCGUUGGGUUCUCGGCUGUCCAUCUUCUUCUGUGUCUCCCCCCCCCCAGUUUAUGAUCUUUGAUGAUCUCUGUAUAUACGGCUAAAUUGUCGUUACCGUUGAUGUUGAUGCCUUAUUAUGAUAUUUAAUAAGAGGAACCGUCCUUGACAAAUAAGAAAAUUGGGGAUAUUUUCGUAUCUCUUAAUCUGUGAUAGUCUCACAUUCGUUUCUUUUAUGUUCUGUUUAUGGAGGUUCUUGGCUGAUUUUUGUACCUUGUAACUGCAAGUUUUUUAUCGUUCUUGAUGAAGAUUCUUGAGGGUUUAAGCUCAUUCUUGUGUUCAAUAAAUCGGGGUUACUGUUUCAUCACCUUGAACCAAAAGGAUCCUAGGCAAGUCACCGAACUGGUUGCAGAAAGUUUGCAAAAAACCGUUUUUUUCUCUUUUGCAAGUCGAUGGCUUCUUCAGAAGGCGAUGUACUUGUGCUGUCUUCUCAUGGCGAUUCAUUUACCCGAGUCUUCGAUAUAGGCUUAGAAGAAGAAGAAGAAGGGUUUACAGCCUCUCCCGGCGAUUUGCCAUUCCGAGAAUCCUCUACUUCAGCUGUGUCAAGUAACAAGAAUAUUCCUAAACCUCCCCCUCUCCCUCGUUUAACCUAUAAGAGAUGUCAGCCUUCUCGAAAUCUCUCGGGCCUAUCGCGUUUUGUGCCCAGAGAAACGGUAGAAACUUGGGACAAGCUUUUCAGGGAAGGAAUCGGGGCAGAUGUGUACGUCGUUACAGAUGGCGAUUCGCGUAUUCCAGCCCAUUCGAGUGUCCUGGCUGCAUCGUCGCCUGUUCUGAGAAAUCUUCUGAAUCAAUCAAGGCCGAAGAACGGGACGAGACAUCUCAAAAUCCCCGGUGUCCUUUACGAGGCUGUCUACGUUUUCAUUCGUUUUCUGCACUCUUCCCGCUACGAGGAGGAAGAAAUGAAGAAGCUUGUGCUCCAUUUGCUGGUUUUGUCUCACUGCUACUCGGUCCCAUCUCUUAAAAGAAUCUGUGCACGUGUUCUUGAGGAAGGAUGGAUCAACAAGGAGAACGUAAUCGACGUGCUUCAACUGGCAAGAAAAUGCGACGUCCCUCGAGUUUGCUACAAAUGCGUGUCGAUGGUCAUUAGGGACUUCAAAUCUGUGUCGUCGACCGAGGGAUGGAAGGUAAUGAGGCGAUGUAAUCCUCUCCUCGAGCAGGAACUCGUCGAAGCUGUCGUGGAGGCAGACACUCGGAAGCAAGAGAGAGCGAGAAAACGGGAAGAGAGGAAAGUGUAUCUGCAACUGUACGAGGCCAUGGAAGCGCUUCUGCAUAUAUGCAGAGAAGGGUGCGGAACGAUAGGGCCACGUGGCAUGGCGCCGAGAGGGAACGGCGUCCCGUGCAGGUUUCCGGCGUGCAAAGCGCUCGAAGCUUCGCUCCGACAUUUCAGUGGAUGCAAGUCUAGGGUUCCGGGUGGGUGCCAUCACUGCAAGCGGACAUGGCAGCUUCUUCAACUCCACUCUUGUCUUUGCGAGGAUCCUGACUCGUGCAUGGUCCCCCUCUGCAGACAUUUCAAGGAGAAAAUGCACAGCAAGAGAGAUGAAACGAGAUGGAGGCUUCUGGUGAAUAACGUUAUCGCUGCCAAGAACGCUCUCGGGCCCUUCUCCUCGUCUCGUUCCGUACUGUACAGAAGGACGCGAGGAGUGAGCCAGCAGACAAAAGACCGAAAGCGCGUGGGACCCACGGAAACUGAUUCCCCUUGUACCCUUGGACUUUUGCGAUCGCACGGUCUCUGCCUUCACUCCAUGCGUUUCCCUAAACGCGCUUCUUCGAAACGCCACGUAUCAGCUCAAUUCCCACGUGGACGCAUUGCUCGCGCGCGUAGAAUUCACGCGUCCCCCCCCCCGGAGGACCAGCAUCCGUAGUAACACCAUGCGUGUGUGUAUUACAUUAAAUAUGUAUAUAUAUAUACAUGCACUCGGCUUUAUUGUUUUUAUUUUUUUUUUUGUCAAAGAAUUGUUUU